CUUAGCGAUUCACCUUAGGAUCUGGCUCCCACUACGGCCGACGAGAUAGCGCACGUGCAUACAUUGACGAGGUAGACACACAAGCGCCCGAUGAGAACGAGAAGGAGGACUGACAAUCAAACUACGCUUUCUUUUAUCAGUCAAGUUGACUCGCGCGCGGCACGCAGGCACCUCCAUGCGCUCCGAAAAUCAAAAGUGGAAAAUUGGUUUUCUUCAUCAAUCGUAUAGUGUACUUAAUAACGCUGGAAGUCUUGACAAAGUGCUCGAACUUCUUGUGGAUCGCUUUACGCAAAUCGCGUAAAUCAUUUAAAAGGGCACGUGUAGAAUAUCGGAACCGUACAAUCGUGGUCGUGUACAAAUCGAGGCUGGAACUGUUGUCUAGACUGCUGAAACCAUUAUCAUUGUUAACGAAUAUUCCAAGAACGAGAGCUCUAUUAGUGAAUUUCGACACGCUGGCGCAGAUUCAAUGUGAGCUUCCUAUUUUUUAUAGGUCUAAACUUGCAGAAACAGGCAGAUCCGACGUGAGAUUAUCGCAGGUCGAUCCUAAGAUCUGCAAAACAACAUAUUACAAUAUCAUACAUCAGCACCGGAUUCGGUAUGGUCGCUUUUCCGGACUCGACGACUGAGCCGACAUUAUUAAACGGCACAGGUCUCACGCCACAUAAUAACCAGAAUGAUAAUCUAGCAGACGAUGCUAACGCCGGAAGAGUCAAAGAUCAGGCCUUCACUAUACCCCGUGUUACAAUGUCGGGCGGACAGGAUAACUACACGCUGAAAUUCGAUAGUGUAGACAAGAUCGACGAAAAAAAAUUGCACACGGACAACAUCAAUACGGAGCCUGUCGUUGUGAAAAAAGUUGCCGCGGGCCUGAAGACAAUUGGCGGCCAGAAAGAUACGAAAAAUAUGUCCAACGGUAAUGACGGAGGUGGGUCUCUAUCCAGCGGAAGCUCUAUAGUAACGAUCACAUCGGUUGCCGUCUCAGAUCCCGAUCCGGACUAUCCUAAUGGCUCAAAUGAAAAUAAGAAGGACAUCAGAAACGAAAAAUGGUAUUACACGAUUCUUCAAGUGUCGGUGCCCUUUUUCAUCGCUGGUAUGGGCACCAUUGGUGCUGGUCGUGUCCUUACCUAUGCGAAGGACCAGGUAGCGUUCAAAGAAGUUCCUCAAUUAUUAAUCCUGACUACGGCGCUGCAAGGUUUAAAGGGUAAUCUCGAUAUGUGUUUGGCGUCGCGUUUGUGUACUCAGGCAAAUUUAGGCAACAUGACGAACCGGCGAGAAAUUGUUAAGAUGAUCAUUGGAAACAUCGCCCUGGUGCAGAUUCAGGCGAUCGUCGCAGCCAUUUGUCUAUCGUUAUUCGGCAUGGGAGUAGGCACGCUCAAUGGAAACCGCUUCGUCUGGGAUGAUGCGCUGCUGCUCGCGGUAUCGUGCAUAUGCACGGCGACCAGUUCCUGCUUUAUCUUAGAUUUUGUUAUGAUAGCCGUAAUUAUGCUAUCUUAUCGGUACAAGAUGAACCCAGACAAUCUGGCGACUCCUUUAGCUGCAUCUAUCGGUGAUGUCGUGUCCAUCAGUUUACUUUCUUUUAUUGCAUCGAAAUUUCACUUGAAAUUAAACGAUAGCAUAUGGGUAUUAUAUGUUGUUUUCGCGGUCUUUUUGGUGCUCUUGCCAAUUUGGACUCUGAUAGUGCUGAAGAACAAAUAUACAAGAAGUGUAUUGAAGUCUGGUUGGAUUCCUAUCCUGUCUGCUCUUCUAAUCAGCGGCGGAGGCGGAUUAGUUCUUGAGAAAAUGAUCCAUGAAUAUCCCGGAUCUGAAGUUUUCCAACCAGUCAUCAAUGGAAUUGGCGGCAAUCUAGUGUCGGUGCAAGCAUCUCGAAUGUCAACUAUGUUACAUCAGUCCUCUAUCAUGGGAAUUCUGCCGCUUCAUGGCAAAAUCUGGGUGUUGCCGUGGUCUGCGCUUUUUGCAGGAUCACCGUAUGCUAAGACCGCCAGAUUGCUCAUUGCUAUGGUGAUCCCUGGUCAAUUGGUUUUUGUCUUUAUCGCCAAUGCCUUGAAUCCAGACUUGUCUUGUAAAAUACACGCGUAUUUCGUAGUCUCUUACUUAAUCGCUUCCAUGUUUCAGGUGAUGCUUCUGUUGUACGUCGCGCACAUAAUUAUACACGCAAUGUGGAGGUUCAAAAUCGAUCCUGACAACUCGGCUAUACCUUACUUAACAGCACUAGGCGAUCUCAGCGGAUCAUUACUGCUAGCAUUGGCCUUCUUCUUCAUACACUCAAUAUUUAGACCGUAUUGCGUUUUACCAUGAGUCUAUGUAAUAUAAACAUAGAUUUGAGUUAAAAUCAAGGUGGUUAUUAAGGUGGUUACAGUGCAAACAGCUUUUAAUGGUGGUUGAUUUUGUCAUGACGAGACGUUAGAAUAAGUUAAUCGAAUAUUUGCGUUGUCAAAAUAAUUAGAGUGCGCUGUUUCGUGGCGUUUAUUCUAAGUGACUCGCGAAACUGAGUGAGAAAUAACCGAACGACAGAAUUCUCAGAAAAAUAGGACAAGAUGUCAAUGAGAGAAAUACUCAAAUUAUGAAUAUACCUUUACCAUUAAAAAUAAUAUAAACCCAGCAACACGCAUGUUCUGAAAUCUUCAAGAUUUUAAAUAUCUUUUGAACGUCUUUCAGAUGUCUUUAAGACAUACAUACGUGUUGUCUGAGAAAAAGAGAAUAUCAGCAGUUUACUUGUAUAAAGAAAUGAUGCGUGUUAUUUAGGCAAAAUCUAUUAGUCAAGAUUAGUUCUAUUUGUAAAAAGCACAAUUUUUCAUUUUAUAUCGCAUGUUUAUUCGCUGGCAUGACUUUAUGCAAACACCCAGGAAGAAAUAUAGGUCGAAGAAACGUCUAUUAGAUGUUUAUAGACUUCUAUUAGAUGUCUAUUAGACGUUUCUUCGACCUGUAUUUCUCCCUGGAUUAGCAAAAGACUAGUUAAUUUAAUAGCAAACAAUACAAAAGUUCAAAGAAUAUAUAAAAAAAUGUCUCAAAAAGUUUCAAAUUUUUCAACAUUUAAACAUUCAAACGUUGCCAAGACGCUUGAAAGGUAAUUAUAAAUUUUUGAAACAUUCUUGAGAUGUUUUUUUUUGCGUUUUAGAUCAAUAUUUUUAGACACUUACGUUGUCUUGACGAAAGAUACGCGUCGCAACACUAGUAAGUAAGCAGGAAGCACGUUCGUGUUGCGACAUGUUUUAAUUUUAAGCGACAUGACUUUAAACGACAGCGAUCAUAAUUUACAAAAGCGUGGCCAUGAACGAAGCCGUGAAUAAACAAUUGCCGCGUUGCCAAGAAUCCGUAUAUCUUUAAAAGUCGCAGGAUAUUCGGCACGUUUAUCCUACCGCGACAAAUAAGACAAAUAAGACAUUAUUUAAUUGCGUAAUAAUAUAAUUGCAACGCAAUUGUAGUUUGAUUAAAACGUUGGCAGGAUGUUUAAGCACGCAGCAUUUUAAUCGCGUAUUAUUAAAGCAAACACGGAUUGUCGUUCUUCGUCGCUAUCUUACGUGUACUAUAUUUAAUUACGUAAAACAGUCAUCAGGACACGCGUUACGUAACAUGCUGCUCGGACAAUGCCGAGUAAUUAGUCUAUCAAUUAUUUGUCUUCAUACACGCGAGAAAUACGCGUUUUGAAUGUCCAUUUGUAAUAUGUUGAGCGUCGUAGUAAAAAUAUUUCACAUUGCCAAGUAAAUAUUUUGUCGAAAUUAUAUUUAAAUAUUAGUAAAUUUAGUAG